AUGUGUGGUAUAUUCGGAUAUUGCAACUACUUGGUUGAGAAAUCAAGAGGGGAUGUUAUUGAUACUUUAGUAGAAGGUCUUCAAAGACUGGAAUACAGAGGAUACGAUUCCACUGGUAUCGCGAUCGAUGGUGAUGAACCUGAUUCCACUUUAAUUUACAAGCAAAUUGGUAAGGUCAAGGCUCUUGAAAAAGAGAUUGAGGAACAUCAUCCAAACAGAGAGGUGACUUUUGUUACUCACUGUGGUAUCGCACACACCAGAUGGGCUACGCAUGGUGAACCUGUUCAAAUCAACUGCCAUCCACAAAGGUCGGACAGACACAAUGAGUUCGUCAUUGUGCAUAAUGGUAUUAUCACCAACUUUAGAGAGCUAAAACAACUGCUGCUCAACAAGGGGUAUACAUUCGAAUCGGAAACCGAUACGGAAUGUAUUGCAAAGCUUUUCAAACAUAUGUAUGACACGAACUUGAAAAAUGGUGUCGAACUUGAUUUCCAUGACUUGACUAAGCAAGUUCUUUUGGAGUUAGAGGGCUCUUAUGGUUUGUUGUGUAGAUCUGCACACUAUCCGAAUGAGGUGAUUGCCACUAGAAAGGGUUCGCCACUGUUGAUCGGUGUUAAAUCUGAGAGAAAACUAAAGGUUGACUUUGUUGACGUCGAAUUUCCAGACACUGAUGACGUUCAGCCGGACAUUCCUCUGAAUAGCGCACGUACCGAGGAUAGAAACUUAUUACCUAUCGCAGCCAAUGAAUCUGCUUUGAGGCGUUCUCAAUCCAGAGCCUUCUUGUCUGAAGAUGGUGCUCCAAACCCAGUGGAGUUUUUCGUGUCUUCUGACGCAGCAUCCGUCAUCAAGCACACCAAGAAGGUUUUAUUCUUGGAAGAUGAUGAUAUUGCACACAUUUAUGACGGUGAACUUCACAUUCACAGGUCCAGAAGGGAAAUGGGUGCUUCCGCUAUCAGAUCUAUUCAAACUUUAGAAAUGGAGCUGGCACAAAUCAUGAAGGGUCCUUACAAACACUUCAUGCAAAAGGAAAUCUUUGAACAACCCGAGUCUACCCUCAAUACUAUGAGAGGUAGAAUUGAUUUUGAAAACAAUACUGUAAUGCUUGGUGGGCUGAAAUCUUGGCUACCCAUCAUUAGAAGAACGCGUCGCUUGAUAAUGAUUGCUUGUGGUACCUCAUACCACUCCUGUCUGGCCACCAGAGCAAUUUUUGAAGAGUUGUCCGAAAUUCCAGUUAGCGUUGAGUUAGCGUCCGAUUUCUUGGACAGAAAGACACCUGUGUUCAGAGAUGACGUGUGUGUGUUUGUGUCUCAAAGUGGUGAAACCGCGGAUACUAUGCUUGCUUUGAAAUACUGUCUCGAAAGAGGUGCUUUGACAGUGGGUAUUGUCAACAAUGUGGGUUCCUCGAUUUCCAGAGUUACCCACUGUGGUGUUCACAUAAACGCAGGCCCUGAAAUCGGUGUAGCUUCUACCAAGGCUUACACUUCUCAAUACAUUGCGUUGGUGAUGCUUGCAUUGUCACUCUCGGAUGAUAAGGUUUCCAGAGUGGAAAGAAGAAAGGAAAUUAUUCAAGGCUUGAAAGAAAUUCCUGAGCAGAUCAAGCAGGUUUUGAAGAUGGAGCCUCGCAUCAAGGAGUUAUGCGAAACCGAACUCCGUGAUAAAAGAUCUUUGCUACUUUUAGGGAGAGGUUACCAAUUCGCCUCUGCUUUGGAAGGUGCUCUUAAAAUCAAGGAAAUUUCUUACAUGCACUCCGAAGGUGUUUUGGCAGGUGAGUUGAAGCACGGUGUACUUGCUCUAGUUGAUGAGAAUCUACCAAUCAUCGCGUUUGGCACAAGGGACUCGCUAUUUCCAAAAGUCGUUUCUUCCAUUGAACAGGUGACUGCCAGAAAGGGACGUCCUAUAAUUAUUUGCAAUGAGAACGAUGAUCUAUGGUCUAAAAGAGCUUCCCAGAGUAACUUGGUUACUUUGGAAGUUCCACUAACGGUUGACUGUCUACAAGGAUUGCUAAAUAUCAUCCCAUUGCAACUAACUUCUUACUGGUUGGCAGUUAACAAGGGUAUCGACGUAGACUUUCCUAGAAACUUGGCCAAGUCUGUCACUGUAGAAUAA